AAAGUCCUAAACCCCGCCUAUUUCUACAAUUUAUCUUCUUAAAAUAACCACACUGAUAACCUUAUGCCUAACAAUGACCUUCCAUUAAGACCAAAAAGCACAUUUUUGUUUUCACUAAUUUUACGAUUGACAAUUUUUGAUUUUGUGGCUGUGGUAUCUAGUGUAAACCGUGUAAUGGCUGUGCAAUGACACAAAGAGAAGGAGCCAUAUUCUCCAUGUUAGUGGAUGAAGACAAGCGGCCAUUCCGAGCUAAUAGGAAACUAACUCAACACAGCCCGCACAUAGGCAUAGCACAGACCCAGUGUAUUGCUAUAAACGGCGGCUAAUGCAAUAGGAAUCUACCGGGGAAAAGUAUUGUCAUGCUCGCGGGCUUUGUCAACAUGUUUGUCGAUUAAUAAAGCGACCGGGAAUGCGGGUCGAUACAUUUCAGGGCGACUUUCUUUCACGAAGAAGGCAUUCUUACAAAAUGGAAGAAGAAAUAUUGCCGUCGUUGUUGACCUCCUUUUCCUCAACGAGAAGCCUAUGCGCCAUUACUACUUCACUCGGCAGAUAGAAAGGCAUUGCUUUGUUACAACACAGAUGUACUGUAUAGCUACCAGUAAUAUACAAUAGGGAAUAUUAGGGAUUUUUUCCCAAUUUUUAUGAUUUUUUUCAAAUGUUGCCAUAUCGAGUUUAGAGUGAAAGGGAAGCAUCUUUUAACGUUAUUUUGUGGUUUUAAGGUAUUUUUCUCGAUUUUUCGGAGUUUGUUUUUCUAAGGAAUAUAUUUCUGUAGACUUAAAUGCACUAUAAUUUUAACAUUAUACACGAAUUCAUCAGAAACGUGGCGAUACGUAUUUCUCAUUUUCGCUUUAAUGCGUGAAACAUUUCAAAUAUUUGCAUACAUAUAACAGAAUAGUAUCCAAUGUUGCACGCAUUUUUAUCUAGACUGAGAACUUCUGUAACGUUCUGUAGCUAAAACUCAAAUCAUCGAAUGACAAGCAUUCUGCAUUAAAUAAAAAAUAUCAAAUGUGACUAAUUUAAGUCAACAAAAAUGCAUGAAAAUAGUUUUAAUUAAAUUGUAUUAAAAAGUUACAUUUCUCAUGAUUUGACCAGUAAAAAUAACGGGUGCGUUUUCGGCAAAGGGCACUGUCCCUGUGACAAACACUCUAGAAAAGGGUUUGUUUUCCACAAACGUAUCGUCAAGCAGACAGAACGAACGAACCAGACGUGUUUAUUCGCAGAGGGCUGCGUUUACAGUUCUGAUGCCAAGAGUGAGGGAAGGAAACCGUCUUUAGUGCAUGCUGGUAGGGGGAUCCAAAUGAUUAGAAAAUGAAUAAUCAAAAUCAAUAACCGAUACUAUAUUAUUUAAUGUCUUCAACCCAUUUAUCAAAGCAAAUCUAAUUAACUCAGUUACAACAAAUAUUUGUAAUAAGUUGAGAAAGGGGUUCCAGCUGUGUGUAAUAUACACCUGGGUCUGUGAGGGCCCUCAGUCAGGUAGUCAAUUUAAACCAUGAGGCGCAAAGAGCUUUCAGAAGAGUUCAGGGAUAAAGUUGUAGAUCGGCACAGAUUAGGGGAAGGUUAUAAGAAAAUUUCCCAUACAUUGAGUAUCCCAUUGGGUACAGUCAGGUCAAUCAUUAAGAAGUGGAAGGUGUAUGGCACCACUGAGACUCUGCCCAGAUCAGGACGGCCUUCCAAAAUAAGCAGUUGGGCGAAAAGGAUUCUUGCUCUGGAACUCACCAUGAGGCCAACUGCCUCGUUGAAAGAGCUGCAGAGUUCCAUGGCUGAGAUGGGAGAAAAUGUCCAUGAAUCAACUAUAGCUCGAUCAUUCGCCAAAUGUAGCCGGUAUGGCCGAUCGGAAAGAAGGAGAACAUUACAGAAAGCAAACAGCGAUCUCCAAUCACGUGCAGAGUUUGCAGAAAAGCAUUUAGAUAUUGAGAUGGGGAAAGAUCCAAGGAAGCCGAGGGGCAAGAUGUCCUCCUAUGCCUACUUUGUCCAGACCUGUCGGGAGGAGCACAAGAAGAAACACCCAGAAGCUUCCGUCAACUUCUCAGAGUUCUCCAAGAAGUGCUCUGAGAGAUGGAAGACCAUGUCCGCCAAGGAGAAGGGGAAGUUUGAGGAUCUGGCCAAACUGGACAAGGUGCGAUAUGAGAGGGAGAUGAGGAGCUACAUUCCUCCCAAGGGAGAGAAGAAGAAGAGGUUCAAGGACCCCAACGCCCCCAAGAGACCAUCGUCUGCGUUCUUCAUCUUCUGCGCUGACUUCAGACCCCAGGUGAAGGGGGAGACCCCGGGCCUGUCUAUCGGUGAUGUGGCCAAGAAGCUGGGAGAGAAGUGGAACAACCUAACAGCGGAGGACAAGGUACCCUAUGAGAAGAAGGCUUCCAAGCUGAAGGAGAAGUACGAGAAGGACAUCACUGCGUACCGCAACAAGGGUAAGGUGCCGGUCAGCAUGCCAGCGAAGGCCGCCGCACCCGCCAAGGACGACGACGAUGAUGACGACGACGAUGAUGAGGAUGACGAUGAUGACGAUGAUGAGGAUGACGAGUAGAUUGCCGUUGUUACGUAUAGCACUUACAAUGUCUUGUUUAUAAAGCAUUUAACCCCCCCCCCCUUGUACACACAACACUUACUGAAAACAAAACAAUGUUUUAAAAAAAAAAUGGAAAAAAGACACAAAAAACCUGUACCAAAAACAUAAAACAAAAUCGUAACCGCUGUGUAUAAGAAUCGUUUUUAAGCUGUACAGUUUUUUUUCUCAUUUUCUACAACAGUGUCAUUUGUGUUUGUCCAGUGCUCUUCUCUUCCAGUGGUAGGUACUAUUUAUACCACUUAUCCCUGGGGUUGCAUCCCAAAUGAAACCCUAUUCCCUAUUUAGUUCACUAUGAGACUCUGGUCAAAAGUAGUGUACUAUAUAGGGAAAGGGUUGCCAUUUGGUACGCAUACUUUACCUGGUACAGUUUUAAAGCGGUUGUAAAAAAAAAAGAUUUUGUCUGGGAAACCGAUGGGUCUAUUUUCCCUAUGUAGCAAUGCACAGCAGCACACUACCUAGUUAUACGUGGGGGUCCUAGAAGUUCUUCUGUUUUCAACGACCGGUGUAUUUGUUCUCUUCUUUUAGAUACCGUAUUAUCAACGUUAUUUUACUGUACUGUUUGAAUACCACUGUAAUUACGACAACAAAAGAAAGGAUUACAUCUGUUUUGGUUGAUUCUGAAUUGCUUCUGACAUCAAUAAAUUUUUUUUUUAAAUAUA